AUGGCUGACUUCGAUGUCAGUCGCACAGAAUUGUCCCUGGCGGUCAGUCUGACUCUGUUUGCCGGCAGCUGUUUUGCACCCCUGAUGGGUUUCCUCAUCGAUAAAUUCCCCGUUCGCAAUAUCAUCUGCCUGGCAUCGUUGUGGAUGGCAAUUGGGUAUCUGCUGCUUGGUCAAGUGGCAUCCUAUUGGUUGUUUAUGGCCGUAUUGAUUCCAUUCCAGGGUUUGGCCUGGCUGGGUGUCGGCCCCCUGGUGCAUACCAAGCUCAUGGUGAACUGGUUUACCCGCAACCGAGGUAUGGCCUUGGGGAUUGCCAUCAUGGGCAUCAGCGUUGCGGGUGUGAUGACACCGCUGUUGAAUGCCUACCUUGCGCAGACGAUAGGCUGGCGCGGCAGUUAUCAGAUUUAUGCGGCCAUAUUGGUGUUGUUAGUCAUCCCGCUGACUCUGUGGAUUGUGCGUCAAAAACCGCAGGACAUCGGCGAACUGCCUGAUGGUGAUGCCCAAUCUGUGGGCAAUCAUGUGCCAGUAGCUCCACCAGUAGAGCUGGGUGUGGUGGCCACGUACAAAGAAUUCCUGUCCUCAAAAGCAUUCUGGUCCGUGGUGCUUACGUUUGGCUUGAUGAACGGCGUGUAUUCAGCCAUGGCUACACACCUGCCAACCUACGUGACCAGUGAGCUUGAUCUUGAGUUAUAUGAUGGUGCGCUGUUGCUCACCGUUGCCGGCGGCUUUGCCAUUGGUGGCAAAAUUGUAUUUGGCUGGAUGAUGGAUCGGUUGGCCGCAAAAAUUACCGUGAUGUGUGGGGUGGUUGCUUACCUGGCAUCGACCCUGCUGCUUAUUUUUGUGGAGGCUUACUUCGGGCUGCUGUGUGCGGCGGCGAUGUUUGGCCUGGGUUUCGGCGGCAUGAUACCGGUGCGUUCUGUAUUGAUAUCGCGCCUCUUCGGCGUGGCCAAAUUUUCCCGGGUAAACGGGCUGCUGUCGUUUUUCAUUGCACCUGCGACAUUCUGGGUGUUGAUUACCGGUGCGAUUGUGGAUGCUACCGGUACUUAUGGCACUGCUUUCAAGGUGUGGUUUGUAUCCUUCCUGUUGGCUGGCGUUGUCAGCUUAUUGGUGAAACUGCCUGAUCGGCAGGACGCAGUUGCCUGA